AUGGCAGUGGACGCCGAAAAGGGCGAGCAGCGCAAGCUGCUACAGAACAGUGCUGAUGAGAUUCCAAGCUGGCCACUGGUUCAGCCGAAUCCUGGUUACAACAACAAGUACUUCUGUUGCCCUGGUGCAUUGUGCUAUCCGUGUGCUGCAAUUGUUGUGUUCGCCGUUGCUGUCCUCGCCUUUACAUUCCUCAGCGUGGGCUUCUUUCUGGCAGCUUUGGUGUGCCUCAUUCCAAU